GCGUUCCUUCCCCCCACUCCCUUUCUCUCUCUAUCUCUACGCGGCGAGCAAGCCGCAACAAUGGAAGUUCAGAUGGCGAGGCGGAUGAGCAGAGGCGGCAAGGCCAUCGCCGGAAGGAGGAGGAAGCCCUUGUCCGAUCGCACCAACGCUCUCCACAAGUCUCCUCCUCCUCCUCCGCCGUCGUCCUCCUCUUCGCUCGCCGAGCCUCGAUCGGAGCUCGCGUCCUCCGGCUCCCUGCGCCGCCCCCGCGCCGGCCGCGGAGGAGGCGGCGGCGGUGCUCGGAACCCUGGCUCCGGCUCGGCCGCUCCGGCUCUCGCGCUUUCCCGGCCGCGAUCGGGAUCUUCUUCCGCCGUCGGAUAUGGUGAUAUAGAGGUAGGCGAGCCUUGUAAUGUUUACCGUCGAAGACAGACGGAAGCUAAAAGGAAGUGUGGAGUGAAGGAGGCGCUUCAGUUGCCCCCGAGCAGCUCUUCGGUUGAACGGAUUGAAAGUAUUGGGAAAAAGUUUGACAAAAUUAGAGAUGGUGAUGGUAUCUCCAAGUCAGAUGUUACGCAUAGUGAUAGGGUAGAAGCAGCAUCCAAGGCUGCGUCAACAAGAUAAGCCAAAUAAUUCCCUGCAAGAUUUUAUCGAGCAGCAGCAAUCUUAUUUUGCAGAGAUUGACGCAUUUGAGCUUUCAGAGGAGGAGGUAGCAGCAGCAGAGUCUUCUGAGUAAGUUUUUGAGAUGGAGUACUUUAGGAUAGUCAUUUAGACUCUUCCCUACAGCAACUAGCUAUUAGUCACAGUAACCAACCAUAUCUAUGCAGUUAAGACGUGCAAUGGCAUAUUAGACAUCCUUUCAUUAGCUAUAUCCUUAAGGACCGGAGUAAUUGUCCAAUAUACACAAUUAGCCUGUAGUUAAUUUCACUCCCAAAAGUGUAGAUUGUUUUUAGGAGAGAAGCAGAGUUGGAAGCCGCUCUUCGGACUUACGAAUAUACCAAGUUAAGUUCUUGCAGUGUUGAGCAAGCUGAAACCUGCCGACAGAUUAAUAUAGCUGCCAUUCAUUACAUGCCAA